AGGUACAAUAGAAGCACUUCUGUUCUAUAAGUAGCUUAAAAUUCUUUCAUUCCAUUUGCUCCACAUGCAUCUAAGUGAAGGGCUCCAUAUGUUGAGCAUGAUAUUUGCUAGGGUUCGUGUGAUCCUAAUUUGCUUUUUCUCUUUUUGUUUCUUCUUUCCUCCCACACACGGCAGACUUCAAAGUCCUAACACUAGAUAUGAUAAGGAUUUGAACCCGAUAUCUCAGAUUUCAUUGCCACCUUCUCCUUCACCUCAAGCUGCUAGCCCAAGUUACAAUGCUAUUUCUGUUCAUGGUAAUACUGUUUUCAAUGUGAGAUCUUUUGGUGCCGUUGGAGACGGUGUUGCUGAUGACACACAAGCAUUCAAAAUGGCUUGGGAUAGUGCUUGUCAAACUGAAGAUUCAGAAGUUCUUGUUCCUAAAGGCCAUUCCUUUAUGAUACAGUCCAUGAUCUUCACAGGGCCAUGUAGUUCUGGCCUCAAAUUUCAGAUUGAUGGGACAUUAGUGCCACCAGAUGGACCUGAUUCAUGGCCAAAAAAGAACAGCAAGAGACAGUGGCUGGUUUUCUACAGAAUCAAUGGAAUGUCAAUGCAAGGGGGUGGUGUAAUAGAUGGGAGAGGAGAGAAAUGGUGGGAUCUUCCUUGUAAACCCCACAAAGGAAUUAAUGGAACAACGCAGCCUGGCCCUUGUGAUAGCCCAGUUGCCAUAAGAUUUUUCAUGAGCUCCAAUUUGAGAGUGCAAGGACUCAAAGUUAAGAACAGCCCCCAGUUUCAUUUUCGGUUCGAUAACUGUCAAAACGUCCACAUAGAAUCACUUACCAUAAAAGCACCUGCUUUGAGUCCCAACACAGAUGGAAUUCACAUAGAGAACACAAACAAUGUGAAACUGUACAAUUCACUCAUCUCCAAUGGUGAUGACUGCGUCUCAAUAGGAGCUGGUUGUUACAAUGUAGAUAUUAGGAACAUUACUUGCGGCCCAAGUCAUGGAAUAAGUAUUGGAAGUCUAGGGAAUCUCCAUUCUCGAGCAUGUGUUUCAAAUAUUACCGUGAGGGACUCGAUCAUCAAGCACUCUGACAAUGGGGUUCGGAUCAAAACUUGGCAAGGCGGAUCAGGGUCAGUGUCAAGGAUAACAUUCCACAACAUUCACAUGGACACCGUUCGAAACCCGAUUUUAUUAGAUCAGUACUAUUGCCUCACCAAGAACUGCCCUAACCAAACCUCUGCAGUUCAGAUAUCUGAUAUUUUGUACACAAACAUAAAAGGUACAUACGACGUCAGAAGCCCGCCAAUGAAUUUUGCUUGCAGUGACUCCAUGCCGUGCACAAAUCUCACUCUCUCUGAAGUGGAACUGUAUCCUGCUCAAGGAGUAUACGUGGCGAACCCUAUUUGCUGGAGUGCUUAUGGAACAGUGCAGAGCCUUACAAUUCCACCUGUUUUCUGCUUGUUGGGGGGGACACCGCAAAGGUUGCCACAGAAUGAUAAUGAAAGGUGUUAACUAAUGUGGAUCAAAUUGUAAUGCCAAGUAAACUUAGAUACAUAUAUAUA